GCGCCAUUUUACUGCGUCCACAGCCAUCCGGCAAGAUGGUCCCUCUGCUUUGUCUCCCCUGACCGGAGUUGUUUCGGUAUUCUCUUGCUUCUUCUCGCUUCCACACCACUGAAAAUCUGCAUGCUUGUCUGAACUGGGCUACCUGCGCCAAAAACAAAACGCGUCUUUGCGAGUCAAGAAAUGACGACGGCGAGAAGUAAAAUGAGUCUGGCUUCUUCAGAAUCACACCAAGACCAAAUGGCAGAAAAGGAAGAGGAGCCUGGUAGCUCAGCAGAAACUAUGAAGCCCUCCUCUUCUCGCAACAAGAGGAAGUCCAGCAGUGUAGCUAAGCACACUGACCAGAAUGGAUCAGAGUCCUCAGCCGAAAGUGAAAAUGAAGGUGCCACUUCUGACAACCCUUCAGACAGUAACACCGGGAGUGUUUCUAAAGGCACUUUAGUGAUGAGGCCAGCUGGGAAUGAAAACAAAGGUGCUAUGAAGCUCAGGGUGGAUUUCAAACAGAAAAAAACAGAUGAUACUCUGCAGAAGAAGGUAAACUGCACUGCUUGUGGAAAACAAGUGAACCAGUUCCAGCGUAACUCUGUGUUUGUACAUCCUGCUCUCAAAGUACUUAUUUGCAAGUCAUGCUACAAGUAUUAUACAAGUGAUGAUAUCAGCAGAGACUCUGAUGGGAUGGAUGAGCAGUGCAGGUGGUGUGCUGAAGGCGGCAAACUUAUCUGCUGUGACUACUGCAACAAUGCCUUUUGCAAGAAGUGUAUUCUGCGAAACCUGGGCAGGAAGGAGCUGUCGGGCAUUACUGAUGAGAACUCAAAAUGGCACUGCUAUGUGUGCAGAUCAGAGCCCCUCCAGGAUCUGGUCUCCAAAUGCAGUCGCAUUAUGGAGAAACAACAGCUUACGCAACGAAAAUCCGAGAAGACGGAGGAACGUGAGAGCAAGAAGCAUAAGAGCAAAGCAGCCAAAGAGCACAAAGCUGUCGUCAAUGGAAAAGAACACACAGAAGACUCUGGGACCAUGACAUUCUCCUACAAAAAACUGCAUUUACCAAAAGAACUUAUAAAGAAAGCAAAGAAGCUUGUUGAAACCACAACUGGGUUGAAUAACACUUUCAUUCAAUUCAUUCAACAAGCAGCUGAGGACCAGGGAGAUAAGUGUAUCAGGUAUCGGCAUUUGAAAGCCUUCAAGGCCGUACUUUCUGAUUUGAGAAAGGCCCACAGUGCGUUGGAGGAGGCUUUGGAGCCUGAGUUUAGAAACAUGGAGUUACAGAAUGGUAAUGAAGGUCAGCAUGUUGUGAGAAAGAGCACUAAUGUUGAAGCACUUACAGAAAAUGAUAAUAUGGAUAGUGUGGCCGAUUCGGUGUGUGAAACUGAUGCAGUUGAAGAGGUGGACGAGGAGACACCCCAGGAGCAGGAAAUGGAAAAUGAUCAGGUGUCAGAUAAGACUGAAACGAAAGAACACCAAACAGAAACUGACAUAACCCAAAGGACAGUUAAACCUGAAGUUUGUGAUGAUGGGCUAGGGUCCGCUGGUGAAACAUCCUUGGAUCAUGAUAUUAUGUCUGUGCCGCCUUCGGUUCCCGAAGAGCUCUUUCAGAUGGUGGAGAGCCUUGCAGAUUCUUCAAUGCUACCACAGGCUGACACAAACUCAGUCACAGAUACUGAAUCACAGUCAAAUGGAAACCCGACAGAGACUCAGCAGCCCCAGCCCAAGGUAAAGAACCUCAUAGUCAAACUGACUCCUGUCCCAGUUGUGACAACAUGUGGGUCAAGGUCCUCCAGGUCCAAAAACAAAGAAAAGGAUGGUGAGAUGCCAAAAAAGUGUAAAGAAGAAUGCAAGAAGGAAGGAAAUGCAGGUUCUGAUGAAAUAGAUGGGACAGAGAGCCCACCGCCCACCCGUCGCUCUAGUAGAGUGAAGACCACUCCUUUGAGGAAGCAAGCUGAGAAUAAGGACAAGAAUGAGUCCUCUGACUCGGAGUCGGAGGAAGAUGGUAAAGACAAGGUCAAAUCUUCCAAGAAAUCCAGGACCGCCAAAAAAGAAGACGAAAAAGAGGGCAAGACAUUAGAUAAAAAGACCACAGACUCUGACUCAGAUGAAGUUCCUCAUGCACUGCUAGAAAAAGUUGUAGCAGGCGAGAGCACAGAUGAGGAACAGGGAAGUAUGACUUCAAAAAAGCGUUCAAACAAACUAAACCCAUCUGCACAGGAUACAGAAAAAUUGUCCAAACGCAAAAGGAAAUCCGAAAGCUCUGAUUCAGACCUAGCAAAUAAGAGUAAGAAGACAUCCAAGAAGAAGAAACAGAAUGGUUCUGAUUCUUCAGACUCUGACUCUGACCAGGAGAAGGACAGUAAAGCGAGUGUAGCAAGGAGGCGAUCUACCCGUGUGAAGAAGCAGGAUGACACAAAAGAGGAGGACAAAAACUCGCCUGAAAGGAAGCUUAAGAGGUCCUACGAAAAGAAGCGCAAGGGAAAGAGCCCCAGAGCAGCCUCCAAGCUCCAGUUGACCUCCAGUGACGAUGAGGAGGAGGCUGAAGGAGAUGAAGUGGACACUAAAGAGGGAGUUGGUGGAAUUGGUGACGAUGACGACGAUGAUCCUGAAAACAGGAUUGCUAAGAAAAUGCUCCUCGCCCAAAUAAAAUCCAACUAUUCCUCGGGAGCAGAGAGCUCCUCUGACAAUGAAGAGGCAGAAAAGGACCAAAAGUCCUCCAAGAAAGCAAAGAAGGAAACUGAAGAAGAGGAGCAGCAAGAUGAUGAGGAUACAGAAGACUCUGGCUCUGAUGUUGAAGUGAAGAAGAGUGGCAGACGCCACAAACUGCUUCGUCAUAAACUCUCACUGAGUGAGGGUGAAUCAGGAGAGGAGAAAGCUGUCGGUAAAGAGAAGAAGAAAGGGGGCAAGAAGAAAUCAGGACGGAAAGUGGACAGCGAUGACUCUGCAGAUUCAGACUUUGAAAAGUCAGAGUCAAGCGCAGAUUCGGCCAUGAGUGAGGUGGUUAGCAACUCCGAGAAUGAAGACAAGCGGCGAAAGACCAGAGCUGCAAAGAAGAAGGAUGAUGAAAAACAGAGAAGUUAUGCUCAGAAGAAGAAGCGACGCAGGAUCAAAGUUCAGGAUUCCUCUUCGAGCAACGAGAAGAGUGGUGAGGAGGGCGAGGAGGAGCAAGAUGGAGAAGGACGUAAAGGCCGAAAAAAGAUCCGCAAAAUCCUGAAGGAUGACAAACUGCGGACGGAGACGAGGGAUGCUCUGAAAGAAGAGGAGGAGAGGAGGAAGCGUAUAGCUGAGAGAGAGGCACUCAGGGAGAAACUUCGAGAGGUGAUUGUGGUGGAGGAGUCUUCCCAGGUUACCUGUCCCAUCACCACCAAGCUGGUGCUGGAUGAAGAUGAAGAAACCAAAGAGCCUCUGGUGCAGGUGCACAGGAACCUGGUCACAAAGCUCAAACCUCACCAGGUUGAUGGAGUACAGUUUAUUUGGGACUGCUGCUGUGAAUCUGUGAAAAAAAUAGAGAAGUCUGCUGGCUCUGGCUGCAUCCUUGCCCACUGUAUGGGCCUGGGAAAAACUCUGCAAGUGGUGACAUUUCUUCACACGUUGCUGCUUUGUGAGCAGCUCAAUUUCACCACUGCACUGGUGGUUUGUCCCCUGAACACCGUCCUUAACUGGCUCAACGAAUUUGAAAAGUGGCAAGAAGGAAUGAAGGAUGAGGAAAGUUUAGAGGUAACUGAAUUGGCCACAGUAAAGAGGCCACAGGAGCGAGCAUAUGCCCUCCAGCGAUGGCAGGAGAUGGGUGGUGUUAUGAUCAUGGGCUACGAAAUGUACCGAAACCUGACACAGGGCAGGAACAUCAAGAGCAAGAAGCUCAAAGAGACCUUUCAGAAGACACUGGUAGAUCCAGGUCCAGACUUGGUAAUCUGUGAUGAAGGCCAUAUCCUAAAGAAUGAGGCCUCUGCUGUGUCCAAAGCAAUGAACUCUAUCAGGACUAGGAGGAGGAUUGUGUUGACUGGAACGCCACUGCAAAACAACCUUGUUGAAUACCACUGCAUGGUGAACUUCAUCAAGGAAAACCUCCUUGGUUCAAUUAAGGAAUUUAGGAACCGCUUUAUUAACCCCAUCCAGAACGGUCAGUGUGCCGACUCAACGAUGCAGGAUGUCCGGGUCAUGAAGAAGAGAGCUCACAUUCUCUAUGAAAUGCUGGCUGGAUGUGUCCAGAGAAAAGAUUACACUGCUCUCACCAAGUUCCUACCUCCCAAGCAUGAGUAUGUGUUGUCAGUCAGAGUGACUCCAAUCCAGGCUAAACUUUACAGAUACUACCUGGAGCACUUCACAGGUGUGGGGAAUGCUUUGGAGGGGGGCCGGGGCCGUGCGGGGACCAAACUCUUCCAGGAUUUCCAGAUGCUCAGCAGAAUCUGGACCCAUCCCUGGUGCCUUCAGCUGGAUUACAUCAGUAAAGAAAACAGGGGUUUCUUUGAUGAGGACAGCAUGGAUGAAUUCAUCGCUUCAGAAACAGAAGAAUCCUCCAUGAGUCUGACUUCAGAAGAUGAGAAGAUCAAAAAGAAAAAGAAGCAGGGGAAAGGAAGAAAGAAGGGAUCUGAUGAUUCGGACAGUGAUGAUGUUGAGGUCAUCAAGGAGUGGAACACCAGCUCUCGUGGCAAGAACGGAGAGGGCCGAAAUAGAGCAGAGACUGUAGAAGAACCUCGGCCCUCUGGCUCCGCACCAGGAAGUCCCACUCCUGACUGGCACAAGGAGUUUGUCACAGAGGCUGACGCUGAGAUCCUGGAGCACUCAGGGAAGAUGAUGCUGCUUUUUGAGAUCCUGCGCAUGGCUGAGGAAGUGGACGAUAAAGUGUUGGUGUUCAGUCAGUCUCUCAUCUCCCUGGAUCUGAUUGAGGAUUUCCUAGAACUGGCUUGCAGGGCUAAAGACGAAGAAAAAAUUUCUCCAUACAAAGGUGAAGGCAAGUGGUACAGGAACAUAGACUACUACCGUCUGGAUGGUUCAACCAACGCCACCACCAGGAAGAAGUGGGCCGAGGAGUUUAAUGACACCAGUAACACAAGAGGUCGUUUGUUUCUCAUUUCAACAAGAGCUGGGUCACUUGGCAUCAACCUGGUGGCAGCAAAUCGGGUCAUCAUCUUUGACGCCUCCUGGAACCCAUCCUACGACAUUCAGAGUAUCUUCAGGGUGUACCGCUUUGGGCAGGUUAAGACUGUCUACGUCUACAGGUUCCUUGCUCAGGGCACAAUGGAGGAGAAGAUUUAUGAACGGCAGGUAACCAAACAGUCCCUGUCAUUCCGGGUUGUGGACCAGCAGCAGAUUGAGAGGCACUUUACAAUGAACGAGCUGGCUGAACUCUACACCUUUGAGCCGGACUUGCUGGACGAUCCCUCCGAGAAGAAGAGCAAGAAAGCCACGCCCGUGCUCCCUAAGGAUCCCUUCCUGGCUGAGAUGCUGCAGAACAAUAAGGACCAGAUUGUAUGUUACCAUGAACACGACUCCCUGCUGGACCACAAGGAGGAGGAAGCCUUGAGCGAGGAGGACCGCAAGGCUGCUUGGGCUGAAUAUGAAGCAGAGAAAAAGGGUCUGUCCAUGAGGACCAACUACCAGACGUCAUACACUCAGCCGGACAUGGGCAGCCCCAGCUACUUCUCAUACAACAUGGCAGCUUUGGCCUCCAUGUCCAACCCGCAGCUGGAGGAGCUCAUAAACCAGGGGCGACAGAAAGUCAUUGAAGCUACAAAUGCUUUGAAAUCUUUAUCACGGGAGCCACUGGAAGAUAUAAUCAGCAGAGCCUGGAAAGAGAACCCAGCGCUUACAGAGAGCCAGGUCCAAGCUGUUGCUCUGGGGCGACAGGCCAGCGUGGAGCUGGAGCUUAAGCGCAGAGAAGCCAUCUACAGGGAUGUCCUUACUAGGCAGCAGUCGCUGAUGAUGUUCGUGCAGAAGCUGAUUACCAACAGGAAGGUGCAGGAGCAGCAGCUGGCCAUUGCCAACCAGGCCAGCUAUCUGAACCAGCUGGCCCUGCAGAACGGCAUGAUGGGAGCUAGCGGACUGAGUCAGAUGGACCUGCUCACUCUUUACCAACAGCUCCACGGCCUGGGCAGCCAUCAGGGCAUGGGCAAGAAUCCUGGCCCCUCCAAGGGCCUGUAGGUCAAAAUGACUCUUUCUCACCACCCCCACUCCCCACCCCUCACCCCCCACUUAGCUGUCCAGCUCCCAGUGGCCCAGUCCCAGUGAGGCCCAGUUCUCUACACUGCAAGACCCCCUCAGAGCUCAAAACACACUGGUGCACCAAUCAGAGGGUGGAGUAGUUUUGAGACUGGACUGCUGUCCACUGGAGCCUCAAGUGGGAGAGACUCUCAGUGCUUUAAUAUGUAACUCACUGAGAGGAUGUAAAAUGACUCUGUGAAAUGUCUGUUAGGAAUUUCAACAGGAGAAAAAAAAAAUGUAUAUACCGCCUUAAUGUUAUUCAAGUUCUAUAUCUUAAUUUUUCAUGUAUUUAAAGUUUCCCCCCAAUGCUUUUAAGCAUUGUGUUGUUAUCCCCUUAAAAAAGGGUUUCCUUAUUAUUUCCAGCUCAGUUUUUUUAUACAGUUUUAAAUACCUAACUACACCUGAGUGGGACCACUAUUGUUGACAGGAAUCUAUGAUGUAAAGCGUUACAUGAUGAUGAACUCCAGUAGAUUCCUCUACCAUUAUCUAGCAAAGCAGACAGCCAUUGAUGCUGCAAGUCCUGCUUUUUUUUUUUUUUUUUUUUUUGAGGAUGGGAAAAACCAAUAAAACAAGGAAAAUUGUGGGGUGGGGGUCAAAAUAUCUUGAGAAAAAUAAUGGCCUUAUAUUAAUUUCCUAAAAAAAAAAAAAAGCUGUAAAGAUAUGAGGUUUGUUGAGAAUCUUUUCUAUUAUGCUUUUACGUGUUUACAUUAGUUGUCGCUGAACAUGCUAACGGAAUGCUUGUGUUGUUCAAAACUGCCUGCCAGUUCCUAUGACCUUUUUGUAACAUCAUCCUCAUUGUCACGUGUUGUCUAGCAUAGCACCGUGCGUCUCGUUCAUUAUGUUCAGUAUGUUCCACUUGUGUUGAUCCCGAGCCUGGGGUGAGCGACUGGGCCUCGCAGAGCAGAGCCGGUUCAGCCAGGUGUCGCAGGGGCCCAAACUUUACCCUUUUAAUUGUCUUUCAGCGUUUGAAAUAUUGGUUUCCAGAUGGGAUUGACAGACAGAGUAAAGACUGGAAAUCUUAUUAUACCUGGCUGAUUUGUGUACUCUGCUUUGUGAGAAAUGCUCUCCUGGACACUGUAGUCUCACCCGGCAGGCCCCCAGACUACUUGUAUUCUACUUUGGCACAUUCUUGCUUCUAAAUGCUUAAACUGGUGUAGCUGUUGAACAUGAGGAACAUUUCUCACGGAGAGACGCCCGCCGUCUCUGAUUGACUCCUGUGUUUGCACAAGGUGUAUUUCAUACAUGUAGAAAGUUUUUUGCCCUUGUCUAAGAAUGUUCUUACAUUAGCAAAUACACCAACAUGAUUUGCCAUGAAUCUGAUCUGCUAUUAUCUUGAUAAGUAUUUAAUAUAACAUUUAAUAAAGUGACCAAAAGGAUAA